AUGGAUAUACUAGAUGACCUUGAGUCCCUCAAGUUUGAGUGUGGGAUUCCAGAGGAUGAGCGCUACUGGCUGUAUUUGCAGGGACGGUAUCGGGGACUGAUGAUCAAGGGCUGCGCUCAUGCAGUCUUCUUUUGCAAACUGUUCUGUACUUUAAGAGAACUGUUACACCAGGGCCGGCGCACAAUACAGCCUCGGGCUAUGUCAUUUGAUGCUGCCUCCGUGGAGGAUGAGACGUUAAAAGUGGGCAUCAUCGGAUGUGGCCACCUCGGGAGGCAGCUGGCUACCGUCCUGCUGAGACUUGUCCCCAUCCCUGCUGAGAACCUGCACAUCUCCACUCGGAGGCCCGAGUCCCUGGUUGAGUUCCAGAAGUUAGGGGUCCGGUGCCUGUAUGACAACGCUUCUGUGGCGAGCUGGGCCAAAGUCUUGUUCCUCUGCUGCCUGCCAUCGCAGCUGCCUAAUAUCUGCUUGGAAAUCCAAAACAAGCUCGAGAAGACCUGCUUCGUGUACAGCUUUGUGUCGGCGAUCCCGCUACCCAGGCUGAAAUUUCUACUGAACCACAGCAAUAUCCUGCGGCCUCAGUAUCACUUUACUGAGCGUUUUGACAACAACUGGGGAGAGACUAAGGAAAUCACAGCUGUUCUCCAAGAUCCAGUGGUCAUUCGGGGUACCUACCCCUACAGUGAUGCUGGGGGAGUGAUCCUCAACAUCAAAUGGCUGGAGGGGGUGUUCUACGCGGCCAUCAACGUCUGCACAGCGAGGAACGUGUUCCACUCCCACGUGCUCCAGAUCCUCAACAAGCUCUUUCUCUCCGCGCACUUGGAAAGCUGCGAGACGGACAAGGCGUCCUGUCCCAAAUUCCAGCUAACAGAUUUUUUGAACAAAAACUACGUCAAUAGUUUGUUGCAUAGAAGGCCGUUCCCCUGGUUUGAUCUGACCACUGUGCAGCUCAAGGAAACGCCUUUUAGCCAGCAUCUCUCAGCCACGCCUACUCUCCAGAACCACCUGACUCUUCUAUACGCUCAAUCAUUUGGCAUCACCCCAACCGAAGAAGAGCUGUCAAAGGUUUCCACGGUUCUUCACCCCAAGGGGAUGAGGGUUGACAGAUACCCACACAAUGUGUUUGAGAAUUAUACUAAUGACUUGAGUAUAGCAUAAAAUAAGAGGUCCAUAUGCAUCAAUAUACUGGGCUAUCUAGCUUUUAAAGCAACCUAGUGCACUGCCUCCCCCAUAAGGCCUUUUUAACACAAAUUAUUUCUCUUCUAAAGGCUAAAUCCAAGUAAUUAUGUCAUAAUUAGAUGAUCAAACAGGAAACCUUUUCCCAUGAUAACAUAAGGCUAGAAAAUGAUACAGCUCGAUUCUUCUACUUUUUUGAGUAGAGAAAUAAAUGUUGGGUGAGCAAUCUUAGUUGAAUUAUGAUUAAUUCGUGCUUGUUUUAGUUAUAUUGGACUAUUCUAGGAUGGCUAUUUAAAGCUAUUCCCAUUUAAACCUUUUAAAUCCAUAAAGCCCUAAAAAUAUUACUGGUGAAGGUAUAGCUCAGCUGGUGGAGUGCUUGCUUGGGAUGUGCAGAACUGUGUGCUCAGUCAUAAGCACCCCCAAAAUUCGAUGAGGUGGCACCUGCUUGCCACUCCAACACUUAGGAAGUAGAG